AUGGACUUUGCGGAGCUGUUGGGUGGACAUGGGGUGAAAAGAAAAUACAGUGAUAAUGAAGAGGAUGCCCUCCCCAACAAGACUUCUCGGUUGGAGGCCGGUGACAAACUUGGCCCCAAAAACGGCCGACCUGGCACAAUCAAGAAGGCUGCUGGCUCCCCUGUCAUACAAGAUGUUUCCAUUGACAAACCAUCUACCGAGGUCGAUCCACAUGCUGGUCGCAGCCCAUCAACUAACAUUGAUUUAGUCAAGUCAGCCAUGGCUGUCCCUGUCAAGGCAAAACCUAAACCUCGGCCCAUCAAAGGCAAGGUUUCCACUGAGCUCGGUAUUGUGACCUGA